CCUCUAUCGCAGAUAGUUGCGAUCGGUGCUUGGAGGAGUGAGCAACAUGAACUGCGUGAGAUUUCUCAUUUUGCUGAGCUGCCUCUGGAUCGGUUCCUCCGCCGACGAUUCCAGUAAUCCCCUUCUGGUGGAGCUUCCCCUUGGCCAGUUGCGGGGGCGCGAUAACGGAAACUACUACAGCUACGAGUCCAUUCCCUAUGCAGAGCCCCCAACCGGAGAUCUCCGCCUCGAGGCCCCGGAACCCUAUACUCGCCAAUGGACAGAAACCUUUGAUGCCACCCAGCCACCUGUUCUGUGCCUCCAAUGGGAUCAAUUCACUCCUGGGGACAACAAGCUAGUGGGAGAGGAGGACUGUCUCACUGUUAGCAUCUACAAGCCCAAGAACUCGAGUCGUACCAGCUUUCCUGUAGUGGCCCACAUCCAUGGAGGUGCCUUUAUGUUCGGCGGAGCCGCGCAGAAUGGACAUGAGAAUGUUAUGAGAGAAGGCAGAUUCAUUCUGGUCAAGAUAAGCUAUCGCCUGGGGCCACUGGGUUUCGCUAGCACUGGAGAUACGGACUUACCCGGAAACUAUGGCCUCAAAGAUCAGCGACUGGCUCUCCAAUGGAUCCGCAAAAAUAUUCAUCACUUCGGUGGGGAACCGGAGAAUAUCGUCCUAAUUGGCCACUCCGCCGGAGGUGCCUCGGUGCAUCUGCAGCUUCUACAGGAGGAUUUCGGUCAGUUGGCCAGGUCUGCCAUCUCCUUUAGUGGCAACGCCCUCGAUCCCUGGGUCGUUCUGCAAGGAGCUCGUGGACGAGCAUUUGAACUGGGUCGUAUCCUGGGCUGUGGGCAGUUGGAUGACUCGGUGCCCCUCAAAACCUGUUUGAAAUCCAAAUCGGCCAGUGAAAUAGUGACUGCAGUGCGGAAUUUCCUUAUUUUUUCCUAUGCGCCGUUUGCUCCUUUCGGACCCGUUGUGGAACCAGAAUUCCCUGGCGCCUUCCUCACCCAGACUCCAGAAGAAGUUAUCAAAAGCGGAAAGUUUGGACAAGUACCUUGGGCAGUCACUUAUGUGACCGAAGAUGGUGGUUACAAUGCGGCUUUACUGCUUCAGGAGUCGUUUCCGGGAGGACCUACUCUCAUUGAGCAACUGAAUGAUCGGUGGUUCGACUGGGCUCCGUAUUUACUUUUCUAUAGAGAUGCCAAGAGAACCAUCCGGGAAAUGGAUGAACACUCCCGGAAACUGAGACAAGAGUAUCUGGGUGAUCGGAGGUUCAGCGUGGAGAGCUAUUGGGACCUGCAGCAAAUGUUCACGGAUGUCCUUUUCAAGAACAGCACUGAGGACUCCUUGGACCUCCACCGAAAGUAUGGAAAGAGUCCUUCCUACGCCUUCGUGUACGACAAUCCGGCAGAUAGGGGAAUCGCCCAGGUGCUGACCCAGCGCCGGGAUGUGAACUUUGGAACGGUGCAUGGCGACGACUACUUUUUGAUUUUCGAAAAUGUAGUUCGAGAUUCGCAGCUGCGACCAGAUGAGGAGAGGAUUUCCAAAAAUUUCAUAAAAAUGCUGACGGACUUUGCAAUUUGCGAAAAAGGAACUCUAACCUAUGGAGACUGCACAUUUCAAGAUAACGUGGGCAGUGAGGACUUCAAUUUACUCUCAAUAACUCGCGAUGGAUGCGAGAACAAGCAGUUUAAACGAUUUCCUUAAGUCCUAAAGUAAAUAAAAAGUAAUUUAAUCAAAA